CGAAACUCAGCCGAGAUGACGGCGGUUUGAGAGCUGCCGUGGCUCCGGCGAUCCCAUCGUAAACGAUUUAAUUCCUACGCUAGCAAGAUGCCUAAGUCAAAGCGCAACCGUCCCGUGACUCUUUCAAAAACCAAGAAGAAGGGGAGAGAACACAAGGAAGUCAUCGUGAAUUCCAUAAGACAAGCUCUGGAAGGUUAUAGCUCCGCUUACGUCUUCAGCUUUGAGAAUAUGAGGAAUCAGAAGUUGAAGGAGCUCAGGGAACAGCUCAAGCCAAGCAGCAGAUUUUUUCUUGGAUCCAACAAAGUCAUGCAAGUUUCUUUGGGCCGCUCUGCAGCUGAUGAGGUUAAGCCUGGCAUUCACAAGCUUGCCAAGUUCCUCCAUGGUGAUUCUGGACUGUUUUUUACUAAGCUUCCAAAGGAGGAGGUUGAGAGGUUGUUUAAACAAUUUGAAGAGCAUGACUUUUCUAGGGCAGGCAGCAUUGCAACUGAAAAGGUGGAACUGAAAGAGGGUCCUUUGGAGCAUUUCAGUCAUGAGAUGGAACCAUUUCUUAGAAAACUAGGUCUGCCAAUUCGCUUGAACAAAGGAGUUAUAGAAUUGGUUUCUGACUACAUUGUUUGUGAAGAAGGGCAGCACUUAUCUCCUGAAUCUGCUCGUACAUUGAGGUUGCUUGGGAUCAAAAUGGCUACUUUUCAUCUCCAUCUCAUUUGCAGGUGGAGCUCUGAUGAUUUUGAAGUUUAUAGAGAAGCAUUGAAACUCUCUGACAAUGAGUCUUCCUGAAAUACACCAUCAACAAAGCCAACUAUACUUUGUUUAGCCUUCACUUAAGCCCCAGGGUGCAAUUUUGUUUCUGUUAUUCUGUUUGUAGAGGGAGUUGCAGGUUUUUUUAGAACUGAGUUGUGGCCAUUUAUGCAUGAAAUUUUAAUCUUUUUUCUUGUAAUGGGUUAGGAAAUAUUUAUAUCAUUUACAUUAAUUAGUGACAGAUAAUGACAUCAUAUAUUUAUGGUUUGAUAACUUAUUGAGAUGUUUGGUUC